ACACAGUGAGGAACAGAAGAAUCACAUCCCGACAGAAACACGAGUUCAGUCUCGGAGCUGCUGAUGUUUCCGAGCUCACAGUUCUCAAGUUUGCUGUGAUUUGUGUUUCUUUUCCCGCGGAUGAGCAGUGAAUGAAACCAUGACCCCGCGGAGAGAGUUAAAAACCGCUGCACACUCUUCAUUUUAGAGAAUCAAACCAUCUCGAGCUCGAGUUCAUGGCGUUUCUCGUCAAGAAGAAGAAGUUCAAGUUUCAGACCCACGUUACUCUGGAGGAGCUGACAGCUGUGCCGUUUGUCAACGGAGUUCUGUUCUGUAAGAUCCGACUGCUGGAUGGAGAUUUCACUGCUUCAUCAUCCAGAGAAGAGGUCCACCAAAACGCUGUUCGCUGGAUGAAGAGGUUCUCCUUUGUUUGCAAAAUGAGCGCUAACACCGGCGUCCUGGACCCCUGCCUGUGUCGCGUCUCUGUCAGGAAGGAACUCAAAGGAGGAAAAGCUUAUUCAAAGUUGGGCUUUGCUGAUCUGAACAUGGCAGAGUUUGCUGGUUCGGGAUCCACCGCGCGCUGCUGUCUGCUGGAGGGAUACGACACCAAGAACACACGGCAGGACAACUCCAUCCUGAAGGUGACCAUCGGAAUGACCCUCUUAUCUGGAGAUCCAUGCUUCAAAACUCCGCCGAGCACUGCCAAAUGUAUAUCUGUGUCCGGUCGAGACCCUUCCCUGCAGCUGGACUGUAAAGGAGAAGGAACCGCUGAAGUUUUGGCUAAACGGAGACCUUCUGUACUCAGCUCCGCUCUUCCCGAGGAGGUGGAUCAGGGUCAGGGUCUUGAUGAAUCCUUUCACACGGGACACUCACGCAACUCAAGUUAUGCCAGUCAGCAGAGCAAACUAUCAGGCUACAGCACCGAACACUCCUGCUCCUCCAGUCUGUCUGAUCUGACCCAUCGCAGAAACACAUCUACAGGCAGCAGUGUGAGCGCCGACACCCCGUCUGAGAGUGACACCCGUCCCGAACGACCUCCACGACCCCCGCGACCCAUGCUACCCUCCAACAGACCACCGCGGAGGAAGCAGGAUUCGGUGGAGGAUCACCCGACCUGGGUCAACGACACACGUAUCGACGCAGACGACAUCGUGGAGAAGAUCGUCCAGAGUCAGAACUUUUCUGACAUCAGUAACAACGAAGAUAGUAAUCUGAGACUGUUUGUGAGCAGAGACGGAUCGACAGCGCUGAGCGGCAUCCAGCUGGGAAACAGGGUCUCUGCCGGUGUGUAUGAGCCAGUCGUCAUCGAAAGCCAUUAGAGUUACACCCGUGCUGCUCCUGUGUUAUCACUUCAUCAAAAUACUGGAAGAAUCACACAAAUCUAUUCCAAUCACCUGCUGCAUUAGAUAUUUGAUCAGACAAACGUUAAAGUGCUAAACCCUUGCAGGUUUUUUUCUCUCUCUUUUUCUCAGAUUUGCAAGAACCAACGUUCAAGUUGUGAGAUAAAAAGUUUGUAUUAUUAUUUGUUUUAUUCUGUGUUGGAAACGGUUACACAUUCAUGUCGUCUGCUUCCAGCUGCACACUGUACAGUGUGUGUGUUUUGUCUCGUCUGUUUCUUCCUCUCACAUCUGUAAGUGUUCUUGUGUCUGAGUCUGAUGCCAUGUUUUUAGUUUGCGGUGAACACUUAGUUUUGUUAUGAUUGGGCUCCUGGCGUGGGCUUUUCCUGGAGCACCAGCCGGUCUGAGUGCUGUGAAAGGACCAGAUAUAUUCGCGGAUCCACAGGACGUCCCGUCUGUUGUCUGUGGUUUUACUCUCACUAUUAAACCUGUUGCUGUGCAACACAGAUUCUAGUGUUAGAAAAUCAGCUUAAUGCACUUUACAGGAGAAUCUCACCAAAACCGUCCAGGUCAUAUUGUAGCUCAAGUUCAGAAUGAAAAUGAAUUAUUUAUUUAUAAAGAGGAAGUUAAACCUAUUUUAGGAUCUGGCAAAAAUGAAAAUGUGCUCAUCUUCAGACCAUCCAAGAUUAGGAUGAGUUUGUUUCUUCAUCAGAUUUGGAAAAAUGUAGCAUUCCUUCACUCGCUCACCAUUUUUGGCAUUUUUUUUUUUUUUUUUUUUAACAUUGAUAAGCAAUUUCUGUUUAUUCCCAUUACAAAUAAUUCCCAUUAUUGCUUAUUCACAAUGAUUUUCACUACCCCUUUUUUAAUUUGCAUUGUUUUCUAAUUGACUUGAUAAUAUAAAUCAAUAUGGCACUAUUAACUGCUUGCUUUAUUAUAUUAAUAAUUGUCUUUUUUAUUUAACACAUUAUUAUUAUUAUUAUUAAUGUAUAUGCAACGCAAAAAUCUAUAUAUAUAGGAAAAAAAUUAGAACAAAUCUUUAAAAGACUAAUAAUAGUCUUUUUUUUUUUUCAGUAAAUUCUUCCGAUUUUGGGAUGAAAUAUGACCUGGACAUUUCUAGCGAGAUUUCAUGAGAUUCACCCAAAUACAUUUGGGAGCCAAACUGCAUACAAUAAAUACAAAAUACACAAUAUUUCUAAAUACAGUUUCUGUAAGAACAUGUUUAUUGGUUUAUCACGAGCUGUUGAUGUUUAGUGUGACACUAAUGUUUGAUUAUUCACAAUAUCAUAAAUGAUUUCAACCCCUCCUGGUUCACACAUCGCUGACAGGACAGUAAAUCUCUCUCUAUCAUUGUGAAAGUGAGUUUUACGGCCCUCACGCUGCAGAUCCGCCUCUUGAAAACAUUCAACCGUGGCUGAUUUUUCCAAUACAGAGGAACUCCACACAUCCUCAAAUUUCCCAGAACCAGCUGGCUGCUUCUUUUCCUUCGUAAAACAAUCCCUUGAGACAAAUUGUGCUGGAGUUUUACAGUAAGACAUGCUUCAAGUGCACUUGAUAAGCUGUGAUCGACUCUUUUCAGAUGUGUACAGUGCUGCUCAUAUGAACGGAGUGCUUGUAUGAGUCUUUUAACUGCUUUAUUCAUAUAUUUCCAUUGUUUUUAAGCUUUUAAACUGGAGUUCUCUCAUUUAUUCUAAUGUGAACGUACUCCAGAUUGGCAUAUUAAUUUUAGCACAUGAUAAAUGCAUUUUUAAUGCACUAAACACUAGGAUCAUACAAGCAGAAUGAUGUCCAUCUGUUCAGCAACAAACACUGAGAUCUUUACACGUACUUUAACUCUGGAGCCAGAUAAAGAGUACAAAAUGCACAAGUCCUUCAUAUCUUUUUCAGAUAAGCUAACAUUUUAAUGCUAUAUUAAUGAGAUAGACCUAUAACUUAACAAAUGUGUAUAAUUUCAAUGAAAUUCACUAUGUAGCACACUUUUUUUUGUGAAUCUCAAAUGUGCUUUUAAUAAAGUUUAAGAAACUGUUUUAA